ACUCCCAGCGCACUGGGAGCCGCGGGCCAGGCAAUGAGCGCUGCACUCUGGCCAGGGGAGGCAUGAGUGACAGACCCGCAGCGAGCCGGUGGGGUAAGUGUGGACCUUUGUGUAGAAGAGAGAAUAUCAUGGUGGCCUUCAAAGGGGUCUGGACUCAAGCUUUCUGGAAGGCAGUCACAGCAGAAUUUCUGGCUAUGCUUAUUUUUGUCCUGCUCAGCCUGGGCUCCACCAUCAACUGGGGUGGAGCAGAAAAGCCCUUACCUGUCGACAUGGUUCUCAUCUCUCUCUGCUUUGGACUCAGCAUCGCAACUAUGGUCCAGUGCUUUGGCCACAUCAGUGGCGGCCACAUCAACCCCGCUGUGACAGUGGCCAUGGUGUGCACAAGGAAGAUUAGCAUCGCCAAGUCUGUCUUCUACAUCGCAGCCCAGUGCCUGGGCGCCAUCAUUGGAGCCGGCAUUCUCUACCUGGUCACACCUCCCAAUGUGGUGGGGGGCUUGGGGGUCACCACGGUUCAUGGAAAUCUUAGUGCUGGUCACGGUCUCCUGGUGGAGUUGAUAAUCACAUUUCAGUUGGUGUUUACCAUUUUUGCCAGCUGUGAUUCCAAACGGACUGAUGUCACUGGUUCCGUAGCUUUAGCAAUUGGAUUCUCUGUUGCAAUUGGACAUUUAUUUGCAAUCAAUUACACUGGUGCCAGCAUGAACCCCGCCCGAUCCUUCGGACCUGCAGUUAUCAUGGGAAACUGGGAAAACCACUGGGUAUAUUGGGUUGGACCAAUAAUAGGAGCUGUCCUUGCUGGUGGCCUUUAUGAGUAUGUCUUCUGUCCAGAUGUUGAACUCAAACGUCGUCUUAAAGAAGCCUUCAGCAAAGCUGCCCAGCAAACAAAAGGGAGCUACAUGGAGGUGGAGGACAACAGGAGUCAGGUAGAGACUGAUGAUUUGAUUCUAAAACCUGGAGUGGUGCACGUGAUCGACAUCGACCGGGGUGAGGAGAAGAAGGGGAAAGACCCAUCCGGAGAGGUGUUGUCUUCAGUAUGACUAGAAGAUAGCACUGAAAGCAGACAAGAGCCCUUAGAAUUGUCCCCAGAUUUCCUUCCGCCCAUUAAGGAAACAGAUUUGUUAUAAAUUAGACAUGUGCAGGUUUGUUGUUUCAUGUCAUAUUACUCAGUCUAGACAGUAAAUACUUCAUUAUUUACCAAGGAGGAAUGGAAGAAACCUAUCGUGAAUUUCAAAUCUAAAAAAAAUCUUUUUGAAGUAUCCCCAAAGCAAAUGUGUAUCCAGUUUAUCUAUUUACUAUUCAUUAAUAAUCAAUUUAAAAUGUGUAUCAAGAUUCUAAGGCUUGCCUGACAACUUACAGACGUACUUAUCAGCUUACUCCUCCUCUACCAUGAAACUGGUAUUGUCAGUCUUCAUUUGAGUAUUUAUUCUGUUAAAUCAAAUUUAUGGCAAAAUACAGAGUAUGUCAGAGUCAUGCAUGUUCAAGAGAGAAAAUAUAACAAGCUCUUUCAUAACAAGCUCCCCUAUGUCUAACUACCUCGGCAAAA